AAAAAAUAAAUCUACUUUAAAAUGUAUGUAGAAUACUGCUUUUUAAGUAGGACUAGAACUAGAACGUGACAACAAUAACAACGUUGAACGUUACGUCUUGGUCAUUGGUUCGUAGAAAAACGAAAACAGCUUUUCUUACAUAAGAAACAGAAUAACACUUUAUUUACUAGACAACAAACAAUAAGUAACAAUAACAAAUAAAACGGAUGAAACACGUGACUAAUACUUGAAAAUAAUACGCUGCGGAAAAUAAUACUACUCAACAUUCAACACUGCUCAAUGCUCAAUCAUGCUCAAUGAUGCUCAACCAUGCUCAACCUCAACAGUGAAGAAACACGAAUGCACGAAGGAGAGCAAAGAGAGGAACGGAGAGGAGAGACAGUCCUUUUUUCGAAGAUAAUCUUAUUGUUAGAAUUUGGACAAUAUCCCUUGGAAAGUUCCUACUCAAAGGGUCAGAACAGAAAACCAUUCAAGUUAAACGCUUACGGUACGACUUACAUUGGGUUACAUCAUUUAGUAAUUAGAAUUACAAUUAGUAUGAUCAAAAUAGCACAAAAGAAUAAUGUGUGCAGUGAUAAGUGAUGGUGCAGGUGGUAGUUGGUAGCAAGCAGGGAGUCCAGGCGCACGUAUUACAAGUUGGUACAAAGUUUGUAAUGUCGCGUGCAAAAAUAAUAUUUCUUGAAACGACGAAAAUCCUUUAAAUUGCAUCUGCACUUACUCUGGCUUACUUUCUUUUAAAUAAUUUAAAGCAAUUUAAAAAAACCCGCUACUGUAUGUAUGCAUACACGCGCAUUUUAGUUGGGUGAAUUUUUCCCACGCGGCACUAGAAACUUUGUGUACGUGACCUUGGUACAAGCAGGCAAGCAGUAUGUAUGUAUUACAUAUCCGACACAUACACAUACAACAUAUACGGCAUGAAAGAUGAAAUAUAAAAAAUGGCGUCGGCACUAGAAAAUUUAGAAACACAGUUGGAACUUUUUAUUGAAAAUGUAAGACAAAUACGAAUUAUUGUGAGUGACUUUCAACCUCAAGGACAGAAUGUAUUGAAUCAGAAGAUUCAAGGUUUGGUAAAUGGUUUACAAGAAAUAGACAAACUCAAGUCUCAGGUUCAGGAUGUCCAUGUACCUUUGGAGGUUUUCGAUUAUAUCGAUCAAGGCAGAAAUCCUCAGCUGUAUACGAAAGACUGUAUAGAAAAAGCAUUAACCAAAAAUGAACAAGUAAAAGGCAAAAUAGAUGCGUAUCGUAAAUUCAAAGCAAAUAUGUUAGUAGAAUUAACUAGAGUGUUUCCACAUGAAUUGGCUAAAUAUAGAGCGAUACGGGGCGACGAAUGAAAAAGUAAUUCGCCGAUAUCCUUGUCCGCUUUCCUUUCAUUAAUUUCUGUAUCUGAUCGUAAUCAUGUAUCAUGGAUAUUUAUUAAUGAAAAAAAUGAAACAGAAGAAAUUGAAAAAAGA